AGAUACUGCCUUGCUCUAUCUAACUUGGUUUCAUUCCCCAGAUUUGGGAAAGGCUAGAACUUGGAGACUCCCCAUCAUUGUUCUCUGAAAAAGAGAAGAUUCUAUUCACAAAGCCCUCGAAAGGUCAGACUGAAAGAUUGUGGUUUUGAACUUGCUUCCCAGAGCUAACUUCAGCAUGCUCAAACGGAAGCAGAGCUCCAGGGUGGAGGCCCAGCCGGUUACCGACUUUGGUCCCGAUGAAUCUCUGUCAGACAACGCAGACAUCCUCUGGAUUAACAAGCCAUGGGUUCACUCUCUGCUGCGCAUCUGUGCCAUCAUCAGCGUCAUCUCAGUCUGUAUGAACACGCCCAUGACCUUCGAACACUACCCUCCUCUGCAGUAUGUGACCUUUACCCUGGACACUCUGUUGAUGUUUCUCUACACAGCAGAGAUGAUCGCCAAAAUGCACAUCCGGGGGAUUGUCAAGGGGGAUAGUUCCUACGUGAAAGAUCGCUGGUGUGUUUUUGAUGGAUUUAUGGUCUUUUGCCUUUGGGUUUCAUUGGUGUUACAGGUGUUUGAAAUCGCUGACAUAGUUGAUCAGAUGUCUCCUUGGGGCAUGUUGCGGAUCCCACGGCCACUAAUUAUGAUCCGGGCAUUCCGGAUUUAUUUCCGAUUUGAGCUACCAAGGACCAGAAUUACAAAUAUUUUAAAGCGAUCAGGAGAACAAAUAUGGAGUGUUUCCAUUUUCCUCCUUUUCUUUCUGCUUCUUUAUGGCAUUUUAGGAGUUCAAAUGUUUGGGACAUUUACCUAUCACUGUGUAGUAAAUGACACAAAACCAGGAAAUGUAACCUGGAACAGUUUAGCCAUCCCAGAUACACACUGCUCCCCAGAACUGGAAGAAGGCUACCAGUGCCCCCCAGGAUUUAAAUGCAUGGACCUGGAAGAUCUGGGACUUAGCAGGCAAGAGCUGGGCUACAGUGGCUUUAACGAGAUAGGAACCAGCAUCUUCACUGUGUACGAGGCUGCUUCCCAGGAAGGCUGGGUGUUCCUCAUGUACCGAGCCAUCGACAGCUUUCCCCGCUGGCGUUCCUACUUCUACUUCAUCACCCUGAUCUUCUUCCUGGCCUGGCUUGUUAAGAACGUGUUCAUCGCUGUCAUUAUAGAAACAUUUGCAGAAAUCAGGGUGCAGUUUCAACAGAUGUGGGGGUCGAGAAGCAGCACUACUUCCACGGCCACCACGCAGAUGUUUCAUGAAGACGCUGCUGGUGGGUGGCAGCUGGUAGCCGUGGAUGUCAACAAGCCCCAGGGACGCGCCCCAGCCUGCCUCCAGCAAAUGAUGCGGUCAUCCGUCUUCCACAUGUUCAUCCUGAGCAUGGUGACCGUGGACGUGAUCGUGGCCGCCAGCAACUAUCACAAAGGAGAAAGCUUCAAGAGACAGUACGACGAGUUCUACCUGGCAGAGGUGGCUUUUACAGUACUUUUUGAUUUGGAAGCACUUCUGAAGAUAUGGUGUUUGGGAUUCACUGGAUAUAUUAGCUCAUCUCUCCACAAAUUCGAGCUGCUACUCGUAAUUGGAACCACUCUUCAUGCAUAUCCAGACCUUUAUCAUUCCCAGUUCACAUACUUUCAGGUUCUUCGGGUAGUUCGGCUUAUUAAAAUCUCACCUGCAUUAGAAGACUUUGUGUACAAGAUCUUUGGUCCUGGAAAAAAGCUGGGGAGUUUGGUUGUAUUUACUGCCAGCCUCUUGAUUGUUAUGUCGGCAAUUAGUCUGCAGAUGUUCUGCUUUGUCGAAGAGCUGGAUAGAUUCACGACAUUUCCAAGGGCAUUCAUGUCCAUGUUCCAGAUUCUUACCCAGGAAGGAUGGGUUGAUGUCAUGGACCAAACACUAAAUGCCGUGGGACACAUGUGGGCGCCUGUGGUUGCCAUCUACUUUAUCCUCUAUCACCUCUUCGCCACUCUGAUUAUGAAACUUGGCAUUGUCACUGAACACGUCUGCAGCAAAUCAGACCUCUGCCCAAGAGCCACUAAAAUAAGAUACAAGCGAUCCCUAAGGCCCCUUCCAAUUCUAAAAUCUAUGAAUCAAAUCCUCCUGAGUUUGUUUGUUGCUGUUAUUUUGGACAACUUAGAGCUUGAUGAAGAUCUAAAGAAGCUUAAACAAUUAAAGCAAAGUGAAGCAAACGCAGACACCAAAGAAAAGCUCCCUUUGCGACUUCGCAUCUUUGAAAAAUUUCCGAACAGACCGCAAAUGGUGAAGAUCUCAAAGCUUCCUUCAGAUUUUACAGUUCCUAAAAUCAGGGAAAGUUUCAUGAAGCAGUUUAUUGAUCGCCAGCAACAGGACACCUGCUGCCUCUUACGAAGCCUUCCGUCCACGUCUUCCUCAUCCUGCGAUCACUCCAAACGGUCUGCGAUUGAGGACAACAAAUACAUUGACCAAAAACUUCGCAAGUCUGUCUUCAGCAUCAGGGCAAGGAAUCUUCUAGAAAAGGAGACCGCAGUCACGAAAAUCUUAAGAGCUUGCACUCGACAGCGCAUGCUGAGCGGAUCAUUUGAGGGGCAGCCGGCGAAGGAAAGGUCAAUUCUUAGCGUGCAACACCACAUCCGCCAAGAGCGCAGGUCAUUAAGACACGGAUCAAACAGCCAAAGGAUCAGCAGGGGGAAAUCUCUUGAAACUCUGACUCAAGAUCAUUCCAACACGGUGAGAUACAGAAAUGCACAAAGAGAAGACAGUGAGAUAAAGAUGAUCCAGGAGAAAAAGGAGCAAGCAGAAAUGAAAAGGAAGGUGCAGGAAGAGGAGCUGAGAGAGAACCACCCCUAUUUCGACAAGCCCCUGUUCAUCGUGGGGCGAGAGCACAGAUUCAGGAACUUCUGCCGUGUGGUGGUCCGGGCUCGCUUCAACGUAUCUAAAACAGAUCCGGUCACAGGAGCUGUGAAAAAUACAAAGUACCAUCAACUUUAUGACUUACUGGGCUUGGUGACUUACCUGGACUGGGUCAUGAUUAUCGUAACCAUCUGCUCCUGCAUCUCCAUGAUGUUCGAAUCCCCCUUUCGAAGAGUGAUGCACACACCUACUUUGCAGAUUGCCGAGUAUGUGUUUGUGAUAUUCAUGAGCAUUGAGCUUAAUCUGAAGAUUAUGGCAGAUGGCCUAUUUUUCACUCCGACCGCUGUCAUCAGGGACUUUGGUGGCGUAAUGGACAUAUUUAUAUAUCUUGUGAGCUUGAUAUUUCUUUGUUGGAUGCCCCAAAACGUGCCUGCGGAGUCUGGAGCUCAGCUCUUACUGGUUCUCCGCUGCCUGCGACCACUGCGCAUAUUCAAGCUGGUGCCUCAGAUGAGGAAGGUUGUUCGAGAACUUUUCAGUGGCUUUAAGGAAAUUUUUCUGGUCUCCAUUCUCUUGCUGACCUUAAUGCUCGUUUUUGCAAGUUUUGGAGUUCAACUUUUUGCUGGAAAACUGGCCAAAUGCAAUGAUCCCAACAUUAUUAGAAGGGAAGAUUGUAAUGGAAUAUUCAGAAUUAAUGUGAGUGUGUCCAAGAACUUAAAUUUAAAAUUAAGACCUGGAGAGAAAAAACCUGGAUUUUGGGUGCCCCGUGUUUGGGCAAAUCCUCGGAACUUUAACUUUGACAACGUGGGCAAUGCAAUGCUGGCAUUGUUUGAAGUUCUGUCCUUGAAAGGCUGGGUGGAAGUCAGGGACGUUAUUAUUCAUCGUGUGGGGCCGAUGCAUGGAAUCUAUAUUCAUGUUUUUGUAUUCCUGGGUUGCAUGAUUGGACUGACCCUUUUUGUUGGAGUGGUUAUCGCUAAUUUCAAUGAAAACAAGGGGACGGCUCUGCUGACUGUAGAUCAGAGAAGAUGGGAAGAUUUGAAGAGUCGACUGAAGAUAGCACAGCCUCUUCAUCUGCCACCUCGCCCGGAUAAUGAUGGUUUUAGAGCUAAGAUGUACGACAUAACCCAGCAUCCAUUUUUUAAGAGGACAAUCGCAUUGCUGGUCCUGGCUCAGUCGGUGUUGCUGUCCGUCAAGUGGGACGUCGAGGACCCGGUGACUGUCCCUCUGGCCACCAUGUCGGUCGUCUUCACGUUCAUCUUUGUUCUGGAGGUAACGAUGAAGAUCAUAGCAAUGUCUCCUGCCGGUUUCUGGCAAAGCAGAAGAAAUCGGUACGAUCUGCUGGUGACGUCACUGGGUGUUGUCUGGGUGGUCCUUCACUUUGCCCUCCUGAACGCGUACACCUACAUGAUGGGAGCGUGUGUGAUUGUCUUCCGGUUUUUCUCCAUCUGCGGGAAGCAUGUAACCCUGAAGAUGCUUCUCCUGACGGUGGUCGUCAGCAUGUAUAAAAGCUUCUUUAUCAUAGUGGGCAUGUUCCUAUUGCUGCUGUGUUAUGCUUUCGCUGGAGUUGUCUUAUUUGGUACUGUGAAAUAUGGAGAAAACAUUAACAGGCAUGCAAACUUUUCUUCAGCUGGCAAAGCAAUUACUGUACUGUUCCGAAUUGUCACAGGAGAAGACUGGAAUAAGAUCAUGCACGACUGUAUGGUCCAGCCCCCCUUUUGUACUCCCGAUGAAUUUACAUACUGGGCAACAGACUGUGGAAAUUAUGCCGGGGCACUUAUGUAUUUCUGUUCAUUUUAUGUCAUCAUUGCCUACAUCAUGCUAAAUCUACUUGUAGCCAUAAUUGUGGAGAAUUUCUCCUUGUUUUAUUCCACUGAGGAGGACCAGCUUUUAAGUUACAAUGAUCUUCGCCACUUUCAAAUCAUAUGGAACAUGGUGGAUGAUAAAAGAGAGGGGGUGAUCCCGACCUUCCGCGUGAAGUUCCUACUGCGGCUGCUGCGGGGCAGGCUGGAGGUGGACCUGGACAAGGACAAGCUUCUGUUCAAGCACAUGUGCUACGAGAUGGAGCGGCUGCACAACGGCGGUGACGUCACCUUCCACGACGUGCUCAGCAUGCUCUCCUACCGGUCGGUGGACAUCCGCAAGAGUUUGCAGCUGGAAGAGCUGCUGGCCAGGGAGCAGCUGGAGUACACCAUCGAGGAGGAGGUGGCCAAGCAGACCAUCCGCAUGUGGCUGAAGAAGUGCCUGAAGCGCAUCCGAGCCAAACAGCAGCAGUCCUGUAGCAUCAUCAUCAGCCUGAAGCAGAGCCAACAGCAGGAGUUGAAGCGGAUCCUCAACCCACCCAGCAUUGAGACCACGCAGCCCAGUGAAGACCUGAAGACCAACAGUCAGGACAACAGUGUGCAACCCGAGUCGAGCAGCCAGCAGCAGCUCCUGAGCCCCACCCUCUCGGACCGGGGAGGGGGUCGCCAGGACGCAACAGAGGCUGGGAAGCCCCAGAGGAAGUUCGGGCAGUGGCGCCUGCCCUCCGCACCAAAACCAAUAAGCCACUCAGUGUCUUCGGUCAACUUACGGUUUGGAGGGCGGACCACAAUGAAAUCUGUCGUGUGCAAAAUGAACCCCAUGACGGACACCGCUUCCUGUGGCUCUGAGGUUAAGAAGUGGUGGACCCGGCAGCUGACCGUGGAGAGUGAUGAAAGCGGAGAUGACCUUCUGGACAUUUAGGUGGAAGCCAGCGUGGAUGAAAGUCCACUGGCCAAAACUGACUUCUGAUGUGUGCUUUCAUUGUCCAGUGAGCGAUCUGUGGUUGAUGUAUAAUUUAAGUCCGACUUGUAACAAGAUUUUUUAGAACUAAUUUCUGGAUCCUGCCAUAGGAAGGCAUAAAAUUGGGUCCAUCAAAGCUGUAUUUGUGAUGAGUUAUUGCCACAAAUUCAGGAGAAUCAGCAUGAUGACAGUAUCCAUAAUAUUAGACACUAUACUAAUGCCAGAUGUAGAUCAUUCAAAAUUCCACAUUGUCUAUGUAAACUAAGGUAUAUAUUCAUGUAUACUCCUAUGCAUUAUCACCACCCCCUGAAAGAGUGCUUAGCCCAAAGUAGCUGAUAUUUAUGGUGUUUGUGUUUUUCCCACUUCUUCUAGAAAUACUUUUCCUGGGAGAAUUUAUUAUUUAUGAUUGAUCUGCAAAGGUCAGCACCGAGCUCAUGCUAAAAUGAUAGUAGUUUUACAAACUACAGAUUCUGAACUUUAAAAAGUCUGUUCUUUUUCUCAUGUUAUUUUUUAAAAUCUGCACAAGCUAUUUAGAGAUCAGAACAAGUCAGUGUCUGUCCCCGGUCACUCAGUGGAACUGUGGCCUGCUCCCAAGAGAACUCUGUGUACAGGUAUCAAGCAAAGAAUUGGCCUGAAGAGCUGACUGAUUUAAAACAAAGCUGUACAUAGAUCACUCAGGGGGAGCAUGGUUACAUGAGGAUGUUGAGUUUCUUUAAAAGCCCUUUAAUCACAGUUUAGCCAAAAAAAAAAAAAAAAAAGUAAAACUACAUGAUUCUGCUUAAUUUAAAAAUCUUCACAUGUGUGAUGUUAUCCUUGGCUUCAUCUCUUACCCAAGGUUGGUCCCUUUGGCCAUAAAUCAGCAAAGACAUUAUAAGUUGGCCGCAACACACCAUUGCCGUGUUCAAUUCAAAAUGAUGGCCUUGCUGAAACUUCCUUGGUGGUCCGAUGGUUAAGAAUCCGGCUUGCAAUGCAGGGGACGUGGGUUUGAUCCCUGGGAAUUGACACAUGCUUGUGCAUUGCAACUAAGACCUGAUGGAGCCAAGUAAAAAAAAAUUUUUUUUUUUAAUGAUGUCCUUGCUACCAGAUUCUCCUGUAGAAAUAAUGGUGCUGUCCAAAAUCUCACUCUCAGCUCACAGUUUAGGUAUCUGACAGCUGAGCUGUAUUUGUUUCACACAUCAGCGCUCCACGUCCUCUGAUGGAACCUUGGUUCUCUCACGUUGUGUCAGCCAAGUGGAGGUGCACCGGGGCCUGUGACUAGACUAUUUGUGAUUGGAGAUUUGCUGUUUAGAUGACUUCAAUAGAGUGAUGAUCUCAGAAUCCUUUGACCACCACCCCAGUCCCCAGGUUCUGUGUGACCUCUUUCUGUUUCUCUCUAUUUAACAUUCUUAAACUAGCCAAAUAUCACAUUCCCUCUGUGUAACAUAUGUGACGCGGUGGUGACAGUCCAUACAGCGUUUCUAUGAUUAAUUGUGACAAGAUAAUGGACAAUUAAAGUCAGUGCGGCCAAAAGGAUUUUAUUUCAUUUUUAUGUUCACUUGGAGUUUCCUUUUUGUACAUAAGAAAAUAAAUAUUGGAUUUGUAAAAGAA